AUGGAAUCCCUUGAGUAUGAUACAUAUGGUUUAGGUGACAUUGUGCUCUUUGGAAAUGGUAAAAGAAUGAAAGUUGAUUGUUAUCCAGGUCUUGGUGAUAUCUUUCUUGAUUAUCGGGUGAAAAACCUCAUGCAGUGCUUUUCUUCAUUAACCGGAUGGAAGCGUACCUUGGAGUCCAUGUCCCAGUUUCUUCAAGAUCCCGAAAAGCAAUAUUUUUCAGAGAUUGGCCUUAAGUCCCUUGAGGAAUUUGUCAAUGAAAAACAUAGUCAUGUGUUAUCCUCUUUCUGCAUGUACAGGCGAAUUAGUAGGAAUGAUGAUCAUAUUAUCACAUUGGAGGAAUAUGUGCAGAAGUUGUGGAUCAAUAUUGCAGAUGAAUAUUCCGACAAGAUGGAUAAUAUUAAAAGUUUCAUGACAUUGGAGCAGUUUGUGAAGAAGACAUUUUGUGAAUUAAGUGAGAAGCUCAAGUUUUUGAUACAAACUUUAUACACUCAACUGCCCAAGUCUUUUAUUUCACUUGCAACAGUGAAGAAAAUGUUUCGAGCUAUUGAACUAUUGAGGUCAAUUGGAAUUUCAUUGGGUCCAGCAAAGUUUAAGCAAACUCUUGAUGCUAGCGAAAAAGAAAGAAUUCCUUCUUGCUUUCUACCAUCAAACUCUGAAAUUGAUGAUUUCUUGAAAAUACUCAGUUUGCUUUCCAGUUCUAUUUUGCUUCCUGAACUCAAUGGGAGAAAUCAAAUAGAAAAGUUUUGCUUGUCCAAUGCAUGUCUGGUUUUGUGCACUGUUUCUAGUUCUAUUAAACUCUACACUGAAGGAAUGACUCAGCUACCUGGUCUUCAGCAUUGCAUUCUUAUAGGUGAUGAGAAGCAACUGCCAGCACUGGUGAAAAGCAAGAUUGCUGAUAGUUGUGGAUUUGGAAGAAGUAUGUUUGAGAGACUGGUAAUAUUAGGGUACAAGAAACAUAUGCUUAAUGUUCAGUAUCGAAUGCAUCCAAACAUAAGCUUAUUUCCAAGCAAAGAGUUCUAUGAUCAAAAGAUCUCAGAUGCCCCUUUUGUUAUGGAAGAAAGCUACAAUAAGAGUUUCCUUGAAGGAGAAUUAUAUUCGUCUUAUUCUUUUAUUAACAUUGCUAAGCGUAAGGAGAAAUCUGGCCGCGGACACAGCUUGAUGAACAUGGUUGAGGUUGCUGUCAUUUCUGAGAUGAUUAAAAACCUCAAAAAAGAGUUUAAGAGGACACAAGAGAAAGUUAUCAUUGGAGUUAUCUCUCCAUAUAAUGCUCAAGUCUAUGCAAUCCAGGACAAAAUUAAGGAGUACACUUCUGUUUCUGAUACUGAUUUCUCUGUGAGUGUUCGUUCUAUUGACGGUUUUCAAGGUGGAGAGGAAGAUAUUAUAAUAAUGUCUACUGUUAGAUCAAAUGGGAGUGGAAAAGUCGGUUUUCUUUCAAAUCGGCAAAGAACCAAUGUGGCCAUGACUAGAGAAAGGUAUGUAACUUAUUUGCUAAUCAAAGGAAAUGGAUGCAACCAAGUCAAUCAAUGGUGA